CUUCAGCUGUGGGAAAACAUGAGGUUCACCCUAGUUGCUAUGCUUUUUAUUGUAAAGCUAGCCCCUUCCUUUGCUCUGGGGCUCAACACCUUUUUACCCAAUACUUCUGCUACAUUUGGGAGACCACCUUUGGAGUGUUGUGUUCUUCUUGUAGAUGUUCUGAUGAUUUGUAUCAAAUGGAACUGAAUUAAUACUCUUAUCAACAGCCCUUCAUAGAAAUUCCAGAAGAACAAAAUCAGCUGUAGUGUAAUAUUUGUCCCAGCCAUUUCUUGUCACCUCUCUCUGCCUUGAGGAAUCCAGAUUAGUCACCUCUUCUGACCAACACCUACCCUUCUUAGCUCCAAUGGAACCAUCCCAGGAAUGGGGAACCUGUGACCCACCAUAUGUUGUUGUCCAGCUCUCAACAACCCCAGACACCAUGGCCAAAGUUCAGGGAUGAUGGAAGUUGUAGUCUAACAACAUCUGGAGGACUACCAGUUCUGCACUUUUUCUGGAUAUAAACACUCUUUUGUCAAGCUCAAGCAUUGCUUCAGGGCAGCCUACACUGAGGCCUCUUCUCACAGAGAUCUGAUAAGAAUCUUAAGGACCACCUGACUCCCCAUGUGUGAUCACUGAGCUCUUCUGAUGGGGCAUACUUAGUGGUUCCUUACAUUCCUGAGAUUCAGUUUGCCUCCACCAAGGGCUGAACCUUUAGUGUGGCAUGCCCUGCCCUGUGGAACUCUCUACCAAUAGAGGUUUGGCAGAGACCACCCCUUCUUUCUUUGAGGAGUCUCCUGAAAACUAAAAAUUUUAAACAGGUUUUUUUAAUAUGAAUUUUCUUUCCCAAGCAAUGCAGUACUUAUCAGUGCCUUUAUUAUUGUUUUUAACAAUGUUUGUAAUUCUGUCAUGUUUUUGUAUAUUGUAAUGCUACCUUGAUAUUCUAUUAUGAAAAGUGUGGCUUAUAAAUGUUUUAAUAAAUAAGAAUCCCAUAAUAGUAGAAAUUAUUGGAGUUAAGAGAAUAGUUUGGACUUAAAAAUACCAGCUUCAAAAACCAAGCAGAAGCCUGAAAAGCACACAAGGCACUAUAUAUGAUAUAUUAAUGUACAUCCAUCCCCUUAAAGUCUCUUUUCCAUGUGCAAAUUCUCAGAAUUUACUAUCCAGCUGCAUAAGCCCUGCUAACAGUACACAUGGAGGUUCUUCCAAGCAUCCUUUGAGGGAAAGUUUCAAGUGCUUUCUAACAGUCUAAUUAGUAUGAGGAGCCAAUCCUUAUGUUGGGUGGCACACAAUGGGUUAACACAUGAGGUAGGAAGGCAGCAAGGAAAGUUGCCACCUGCAGAGGGUUGGGCUGGCUGAGACAACAGAUGGGUGGGGCAAGGCUCCGGUCAGCCUGCAGUGAGAAAUGAAUGGAGCUCACAAGGCAGAGCCAGCCCUCAGGUGACUCAUCCCCACCCAGUGCACCUGCCAGCCUAGCCUAGAGGACUCUCAUAAAGAAAGUGAGGUAAACCUGGCUGAGGAAAAAUUACAAGGGCAGCCUUCUCUUCAACAACCUCUCUGCUUCCUCUCAAUUUGAACACACGUAUUAGCUGGAAUGGAUCGCUACAGAUAUUUCAUCUUCAACCAGAAGAGUAUGGUUCUGUUGGGGCUCUUCCAGAUAGCUUGUGCUACAAUUUGUAUCAUCAGUGGAUUAAUUGAUGGUGCUUUCAGAAGGGAAUCGGCACUGAGUAAAUCUAGGAUACCCAUUUGGGCAGGAAUGUUUAUGAGUAUUCCUGGAGUUAUGGCUUUGUUUUCUUCUCAGAAAAAGAAUCCAGUUUUGGUGAAUGCAAUGAUAAUAGCUUCUGUAUUUUCCUGUUUCACCACUCUCAUUGUAAUUGUCUAUGCCUCUAUAACAUUAGAGUAUGGUGAAAAAUAUGAAGGGUUCAAUGAUUUGCCCUCUAAUCAUCCAGCCUUCGCAUUUGUGCUUGAUAAACUUGUAGAAGGAGCCAACAUCACAAUACUGAUUGUAUCUAUUUUUAGUGCUUUUAUUGUGUUGAUUAUUGCUUAUGUGAGUUGUCGAAGUCUUCCAUGUUGCUCGUGCUAUGACAGUGUCACUGGACUUGAAUGGCUACAAUCUAAUGAAGACCAGCUACAAACUGCAGAAUUAGUUUGCAUUUCACCUGGUCAAGCGGAUAGAAUUUUUAACUCUCCAGAAAAACUUCCAGAUCUAAAAAUGGAAGCUGAUGAUGAAAUGACCAAACCACCUCCUUAUAUCAGGCUGACUUAAACAUAAAUUUCAGAAGGACACAUUUUUAAAGACUCUUUCUUAAGAAUGUUAUUGAGAAGUGUAUAAAAUUCUUAAAGAGAACUACCGACUCACCCUGAACAGAAGGUCCUCACAAUUUCAGGAUUGGUAACCUAUUACCUGUACAGUCAAUAACUUUCAUUCCAUUUCCAUAAUUUUUUAAUCCCAUGUUUAUUUGAACUAUGCUGUAUAACAGAUUUAUAAUAAUAAAUUAACAAUAAUUAUCCCUUGAGCCAGAAACAGAAAUAUGUACGUAGGCAUCUUUCAUAUCCAGAUUUGUUUGCUAUAUUGAGAAGACCAAUUCUGUGUGACAUUUGAUUUCAUUGCUAUCACAGAAAGCUGGAGGUGGACAGAGAAAAGCUGCGAAUAUCAGCCAAUGCAUUCUACCCCAUGAUGUUACCAGUUUCCCAGGUUACAAAUCAUGGACCAAGUUUCUGUAUGGAAUUAGUAUCUCAUUAAAAAGGCAUUUGCCUUUUUUAUCAUAUACCUCAUGAAGUCUAAACUAAAGAAAUCAACUUGAAUGUGUCUAGUCUUGACUAUUGGCCCCCUUCCACAGAUUUGUUUUUUAAAAGCUGAAUACAUACAUAACUUCAAUGAUAGUUGCCCAAGGCAAUCAACAAUCUCCUUUAGAUGACAGGAAACAGAAGCUUUAUUGCACUUUUAUUUUUAACUAGGAGUUGCCACCCCUGCUUGCUUUGUUUGCCCACCCUGCCACCUAGCCCCCUUGUCCAAACCACUCCUUCUCCUUAGAAUUCACCAAAAGCCUUUUACGAUCCUCUCCUCUCUUCCCCCAAUGCCAGAGGUGCAAUCCCCCCCAACCCCCACUGCCACCAUGCCUUGCCAAACUCCCCCUCCCUUUAGACCUGGCCAAUCCACCUCUCCUCACCUUUCAACAGGUAACUAAUCUACCUCCUCCCCCUCACCAUACAUAUCACCAUGGUGUCUCCUCAUAUCCCCUCGCCAAGCUGCCAUAGCCUCCUCCCUCUCUCCUCUCCAGGUCAUCAAGUUGCUUCCCCCCAUUUAGGAGAGCAGGAAGGUGGCCACAAGAUGAUCCACGUAGGAACAGGCAGGAGAGGCCAGGGCAGCUCAUCAACUGUCUUGCUCUCCUGCAACUCCCUCCUCCUCACCAUCUUCUGAAACACUGUUGGUGAGGUGGGUGGUGGUAGAGGCAGCAGAGGAGACUGGUCUCUGAGGAGCUGGCCAGGCCUGUCGUGACUGCCACUGGCCUGCCUCAUCCACUUGCCUCUCCCGCCAUGACCCCACAACAUUUAGAAAGCUGUUGUCAUGUGGCUACAGCAUGACAACAGCCUUAGAAAAAUAUUAUGUUGAUAAGCCAUAGCUGAUUCUCACAACAAUGUGUGUGAUGACUUGGGCCAGUCACAGGCUGGUUUGUACAAAUGUUUAUUUUAACAUCUGCAAUGAAUAUCCACUUGGAGAAGCAGAAGAAAAGAGUUGCUUUUGCAUUUACAGCUCAUGGUUUGUAUGUAGCAAGACAAACCAUGAGCUUGGCUUUGUACAACUGAGCCAAACCAUAGCUUAGCUCAGAGGAUUAGGGCAAAGAGCACAGCAGUUGUGAACUUACCUGUUUGUGCUAAUCCAACCCAUGGCAUUAUGCAUGAACCUUAGUGUUUGACAUCUCAAACUAUAGCUAUACAUUCAGCCAAUACAAAACUAGUUUUAAUGAACUUCACUGGCAUAAAGGUAUUGACAGUCUAGUGUGCUACCCACAUCCGGGGCAAAAAAUUGUCUAUCCUAUUUAAUAUAUAUAUAUUUAAAAGUACUUAUAACAAUUGUUAUGUCUUGAAUAUAGGAUGGAAAAAUGUGUCAGUGCCCACAAUGACAAGGGCAGCUUACUCAGUAGUUAUUAAUCAUAA